AUGAGCACGGCACCAGCAAAUAAGUUCCUAUCAAAGGCGUACAUUGAUGGCAUCUAUAUUCCAUCUGGUCUUUUAAUAUUUGGAUGUUUUAUUGUCAAAAAAGAUUGGCUUCCGUUCGCCGUUGCUCUUGCUGCCGUUCUCGGGGGAUAUAAGAUUUGGUCGAGCCAAGAAACUCCAGUUCUUAAGCCAACUGUCUUUCAAGAUUUUGAGCUCAAGGAGAAAACCAUCAUCUCCCACAAUGUAGCAAUUUAUCGAUUCAGCCUGCCAAAGCCUACCUCUAUCCUCGGUCUCCCUAUCGGUCAGCAUAUCUCCAUCUCCGCUGUUCUUCCCCAGCCCGAUGGGUCAAACAAGGAAAUCGUUCGAUCUUAUACACCUGUCUCUGGCGAUCAUCAACCAGGCUACUUCGACCUCCUCAUCAAGUCCUACCCCACCGGAAACAUUUCUAAACAUAUGGCUUCCCUUACUGUCGGUCAAACUAUCAAGGUCCGGGGCCCAAAAGGUGCAAUGGUCUAUACUCCCAACAUGGUCCGUCACUUUGGUAUGAUCGCCGGUGGAACCGGUAUUACGCCCAUGUUACAAAUUAUCCGUGCUGUCAUUAGAGGCAGAGCUGCUGGAGAUAAAACUGAGGUUGAUUUAAUUUUCGCAAAUGUUAAUCCUGAGGAUAUUUUGUUGAAAGAUGACUUGGACGGUUUGGCUGCUCAGGACAAGGGUUUCCGUGUUCAUUACGUUUUGAAUAACCCACCCGAGAAAUGGGACGGCGGUGUUGGUUUUGUCACUCCUGAGAUGAUCACUAAAUGGCUUCCCAAACCAGCAGACGAUGUUAAACUUUUGCUCUGUGGACCACCACCAAUGAUCAGUGCUAUGAAAAAAGCCUCUGAAGGGUUGGGCUUUAAAAAGGCAAAGCCAGUCAGCAAAUUGGAGGAUCAAGUCUUCGCCUUUUAG